AUGGCAUUGCAAAUCGCGACUUCCGCUAUACAGAUGAUCGACUCCAUCGGUGCUCUGGAGAAAUUACUCAACGAGCUCGAUUACCAGUCGCAUAAACCAGCGGCUCUUUUCCUCGACGUCCAGACCAUAAACCCAAGACAAGACGGCCCAAUCUCAAUCAUCUCCCUCUUUGUUCGACCAAUCAAAAAGGUCUCCCUGAUCGACGUGCUCACGCUAGGCGAGGAUGCAUUUACGACUACCAGUCUCGCCGACAACUCGCUCAAGCUCCUGCUUGAAUCACCCGCCGUGUCCAAGAUCCUUUUCGACGUCGGAAACGCUUCUGCCGCCCUGUUCAAUCACCACGGGAUCCGCCUGAACGCAAUCAAAGACCUCCAGGUUAUGCAACUCGCGAUGCAAUAUCCACGCGCCCAGCAAGCUCAGGCUGCAAGCUUGGAAAUGUGCGUCGAGGAAGACGCGCGCCCUCCUGCGAGGGCCCUAGCGCUAUGGAAGCAGGUGCACAGCACUGUGAGUCAACUGCGUGAUCCAGCAAAGGGAGGAAGCGAUGGUGUCUUCAAAGAGCGGCCUCUCAGACAAGCAAUCCGCGAUUAUCACUUGCAGAACGUUCUGAUUUUACACCGGUUGUGGGUCCUUUACUGCGAUACACUCUGCAAACCGAACAAUGCCUUCUGGCGGAGCAUGGUGUUUCACACGGUCCGGGAUAGGAUCAGAGAGUCGACGAAUCCCGAUAGUGCCCAUCGAGCUGAUGACAACAGUUGGGGCUGGAGUAGGGAGUUUAUUGAGGCUAGCAAGGCAGGAUGGAACGAGGAUAUUCUCCUUGAGCUCCAGGGAAUACCUAUGGUGGACCGCUGCUGGCUCGACCCUAACUUUUUCUGA